AUGGAGAAGUACACAGAAACACCACCUAGCUUGCAGGUAGAGCAUUCCUCUCUUCAGGAAGAAAAUCUGUUUCUGCAGCCACAAAUACAGCAUCUGACAGAAGAGAACCCUGAACUGAGGGGCCAAAUCAUGCCUGCCCUGGCCACCCCGUUGAUGUCUGUACCCUGCUCACUUGAGCAUCUCUCUCAGUUUCAUGGUGACCCUGACAAUCUCUUGACGACUGUCAAGAUCCCCAAUCCUGCAGAUGAUGUCCAAGUCAAGUUCUUUUUAAACUACCUAGCUCAGCACAUGGAAAGUUGUGGAGUCAUAUCUGGGCCUAACCAGAGCACUUUGCUGAAACAAUAUGAAAAGUUUGUUUUUGAGUUCCAGCAAUCAUUUGGUGAGCCUACAAAACAGGAAACAGACCCCCUGAACAAAGAGGACAACUCCUCUCAGCAGAAUGCUUCUACUUUCAAUCUUCUUGCUCAAAAUCUGAGCUGUAAUGAAACCAAUCAGAGUGACCACUUCCAAGAGGGACUAGCUGACUCCAUCCAGGAUGAAGUGAGUGACACAGAUAUGAUGGACAACCUUCCAGACCUGAUCACUCAGUGUAUUCAGUUGGACAAGAAACGUAGUGACAGGCCAGAGCUCCUACAGUCAGAGACGCAGCUCCCAGUGUUGGCUUCCCUGAUCCAACACCAACCCUUUUCCAGCCCCACAGAUGUAUCAGCCAAGGAAGAGCCUAUACAGUUGCGUGGAAGCCAGCCACCUCUCACCCCAGCCAAACGAGCCCGCCAGCAAGAAGCUCAGCUGUGCCUCUACUGCAGCCAGGCUGGUCACUUCACAAGAGAUUGCCUUGCCAAACGUUCUCGGGCCCCAGCAAGGAUAAAUAACCCAACUCGCCAGUAA